GGUGGGUGGUCGAGGGUCGAGACGGAUGGGACUGGUCUUUCCCUCUCUUUCUUCCUGUCUCUACUCUCCCCUUGGCGCAGUUUCUUAAAGGACUGGUCUUCCCACGUACAACUUGACUCAAUCUCUUCCUCUUUCUUCUACACUUCACGUCAAAGGUUCAUUAGUUGUUGUGCUUUCACACACACAGACCUCAUUAGCCAUUCAUUGUAUCGUCCUUCAUCACGUACUUUAAGUUUUUGACUGUUGCUCAUCACUACCCUCAACGCACACACAAACUAUUAUUACCAGCCCCUUUCUCACAAGCAACCAUACCGCUUCCUUCUCUACCACCAAAAAGACAUCUAUUUCCCUGCCAUCACGCAACGCACACAGGAAAUAUAUUCGAGUCGCAUUGACUGUUCUCUCUGAUUUAUAAGACACAACAGCCCUUUCUUAUCCAUACUGUUGGUGUCUGAGAGCACAAUGGCUCCCGACCUUAACUCUCUUCCCUCGUCGCCUCUGGCGCAGCCCACCCAUGGCAAGCCAACCAAUGGCAACGGCGCUGCCAACGGCAAUGGCUCGGCCAGCCCGAAGCAGCCCAACAUUCUCUUCAUCAUGGCCGACCAGUUGGCCGCUCCCCAACUCAAAAUGUACAACCCCGAAUCUCAGAUCAAGACACCAAACCUGGAUGCUCUUGCCGCCGAGUCUGUCCAGUUCGACUCGGCCUACUGCCCCUCGCCGUUGUGCGCACCCUCGCGCAUGAGCUUGAUCACCGGACUCCUGCCCAUGAAGAUUGGCGCAUACGACAACGCCAGCCAGAUCUCGAGUGAGAUCCCCACCUAUGCGCACUACCUCCGCUUGAAGGGCUAUCAGACGGCCUUGGCUGGCAAGAUGCAUUUCAUCGGGGACCAGCUGCACGGCUAUGAGACUCGCCUCACCAGCGACAUUUACCCGGGCGAUUUCGGCUGGGUGGUCAACUGGGACGAGCCCGACACCCGCCUCGAGUGGUACCACAACUCCAGUUCCAUUCUUCAGGCCGGUACCUGCGUGCGAAGCAACCAGCUGGAUUACGACGAGGAGGUCAUGUACCGAUCGACUCAGUUCCUCUACGACCACGUUCGCGAGGGCCCCGAGAAGCGUCCUUUCGCACUGACCGUGUCUCUGACUCAUCCUCAUGACCCUUACACGAUCGAGGACAAGUAUUGGGACCUGUACGAGGACGUCGAUAUUGCUCUCCCCAAGGUCCGCAUUCCCAAGGAGGAGCAAGACCCACACAGCAAGCGUCUCAUGAAAGUUUGCGAUCUUUGGGACUACGAUUUCACCGACGACCAGAUCAAGCGCGCGCGUCGUGCUUACUACGGCGCUGUCAGCUACGUCGAUGACUGCGUUGGAAGGCUUCUGUCGGUGUUGAAGAAGUGUGGUCUGGACGACAACACAAUCAUUGUUUUCAGCGGUGAUCAUGGUGACAUGCUCGGCGAGCGUGGACUUUGGUACAAGAUGAGCUACUUCGAGUCCUCCGUCAGAGUGCCUCUUUUCGUCCGCCACCCCCAUCAGUUCGAGCCUCACCGCGUCAGCAAGAAUGUGUCGACUCUCGAUAUUCUCCCCACACUUUGCGAUCUGGUUGGCACAAAACCCGCACCCGGUUUGCCAAUGGACGGCCAGUCUUUGCUGCCUCACCUUGAGGGCAAGGCGGGCCACGACAAGGUCUAUGCCGAGUACACGGGCGAGGGCACCAUCAGCCCGCUCAUGAUGAUCCGUGAGGGCCCUUGGAAGUUUAUCCACUGUCCUGUGGACGGCACCCAGCUCUUCAACCUGGAGCACGACCCCCUGGAGCUGGUCAACCUGGCGUCCCAAAAGGCCAUCUCGGGGAAGCUGCUGGAGGAAGAGGCCAAGGCGAAGCUCGAGGAGUACACGGCCGAGACAAAGGCCAAGUGGGAUUUCGACGCCAUCACAGAGCAGGUCCUGCAGUCCCAGCGCAAGCGUCGGCUGGUAUGGGGAGCCCUCACUCAGGGGGCCUUCACCAGUUGGGACUACGACCCGGUUGAUGACGGCAGAAUGAAGUACAUCCGCUCUCAGAUUCCUCUCGACGACCUCGAGCGUCGUGCUCGCUACCCUCCUGUCGACAAGUAUGGCCGGGAGGUUGACAGAGCGACGACCGGUCAACGACUUCUUCACGGCCAGGCUGGAUCUCACGGCCAGUAAAGAUCCAGCUAGGGCCUGCUUUUUUACGAUGAUGACAACAAAAGGCAUUUUCAGGACGGCGUUUGGGGCAUUUCAUUGGUUUUCAAGCACGCGUUUUUUUUCCCAUUCCUCGCAGCAUCCGCAUUGCGAUCCUGGCGUUUGAAGCAUGACCGUCAUCCAGAUGGAUGGAUCAAAAGUCUUAUGUACAUCAGUAUUUGAUUUGGGGGCUCCAAGAAAUAGUGGCCUAAAAGGUAGCAAAAAAUAGCAUUUUACUCAAGCA